UCCCUCUCUGUGGGGCCGGUGACGUGCUCACAAAGCGCACACGUCAGCAGCGGCCAGCGCCGGGGCUUCGCUUCAGUCGGCUGCGAACGCUGGGUGCCGCGGUCUCUGAGAAGCAAUGGCUGAUGAACAAGCGAUUUCUGAAGGUGAUGUUCCAGAUGCAAAGUCCAUCACAAUCAGUGAAGGAAGCCAAAAACAGCUUGCCAAUCAAUUGGAUAGAGAAUUCGCUGAUCCAUGUAUGAAAUAUAAUAUGAACUAUCAACAUAUUGGCACAUGCAUCAUUUUUAACAAUAAGAAUUUCCACCCAUCAACAGGCAUGAGUAUACGCAAUGGUACAGACAAAGAUGCCAGUAAUUUGAUGAAGACAUUCAAAAACUUGGGUUUUCACACUGAAAUUCUUAAUGAUCAAACAUGUCAGCAGAUGUUUCAAAAACUAAGCAAUGUUGCCAAGAGUGAUCACAGCCAAAUGGCAGCUUUUAUCUGUGUUUUCCUCAGUCAUGGAGAAGAAGGAUUGCUGUAUGGAACAGAUGGCCUUGAAGAAAUUAAGACUUUCACAAGUAUUUUUAGAGGAGAUCUAUGCCGAUCUCUAAUUGGCAAGCCAAAGUUGUUUUUCAUACAGGCCUGUCGAGGAAAUGAAUUUGAUGCUGGUGUUGAAACAGAUGGAAUUGAAACUGACAGCAAAGGAGAACCGGCUACAUCCCUGCAAAAAAUACCUAUAGAGGCAGACUUCCUUUACGCUUACUCCACAGCACCAGGUUAUUACUCUUGGCGAAAUACAGCUAAUGGUUCUUGGUUUAUUCAGGCAUUAUGCCAUGUACUGGAUAGCUAUGGGAAGAAGCUGGAACUCAUGCAACUGCUCACCAGAGUCAACCACAAAGUGGCACUAGAAUUUGAAUCUAAUACUGAUGCAAACUACUCCAGUGCAAAAAAACAAAUCCCUUGCAUUAUUUCCAUGCUAACAAAGGAAUUUUAUUUUCCUUAAGACAGCUGUGGAAAUGUAUGAAAAUUGCUGAAACUCUAUGCAGAAUUAUUACAAAGAUAAUUUUCUUACACUUUAUAAUUCACCAGUCAGUAGAGAAAUAAAGAUUUCAAUCAAGGUAGUUAUUUAUAUUGUUUUGUACCAGUUACUUUGUUUCUGAAAUCUCAAUCUAUUAAAUGGUUAAAGACGAUCUCCUUCUGACAAUUUUGAAAGUUAUCUGUGGGUUUCAUUAACAACAAAGUGCUAGGUUUUAAGGACAUCUUUUUAAAUUUUAAAUGGACUUCAUUACAAAUUUAAUGGAGAAGUUGCCUUUGAUAAAAUUAUGGUUUGAUGAACAUGUGUAAGAAGAUCAUUAUAUUUGCUGUUUUUCAUAACUGUUUAAGCAGCUAGACGGUUUAUUUUCACCUCAAAGUUGGCAUUUAAAGCUGUGGUCAACAGAAAUGAAUACACAAAUCCAGAUGGUCUUCUGUUGCUAUUUUGUGCAAUUUUGAUUGGAGAGACACAGCUAAAUUGUACUGAGCUAGUUUGAUCAUUUGUAAUUUGGUGUUUUAUAUUUUGUGUUUUUAUGUUUUGUUUUGUCCUGUUUGCACAACUCUUUUUUUCUUAUUGUGAUUUACUUUGCACGGGUUCCAUGGUUUUCUUUCUUUGUUUUGAGGCUAUCUGUGGGAAGACAAAUCUCAGGGUUGUAUAUUGCAUAUAUACUUUGAAUCUUUCAGCAUGCAGAAAUAAUGCUAAAAUGUUAAAUUGUUUAAAGACUCAAUUUCAAGAUGUUAAAGGCCCAAACUUGACCCUAGUUCCCAAUAAAUUUAAUGGCAUUAUUCAAAUUAAUCUACAGAAUUCCCCAGAUACCUUGGCUAAUAUUUAUUCAUGGACCAAAUUUGAUCUUCAUUAGUAUCAGUAAAGUAAUUGAUCAUUUAUUGUAAGCCAUUUGCAGGAUUGGCUGCCAUGAUUAAAUACAUUAUGGCUGCAUGUAAUUUUAUUGGGCUGUGAAGUAUUGUGAUAUCCUUGGGUAAUACAUACUGCUAAAUAAUUGAAGCUUGAAUAUUUGAGUAGAGACCUACUAACUAAUUGUUCAGCAAUUGCAUACCCAAUUUCUCAAGAAUUUUUUUUUGUUAUCCCCCUUAAAAAUUGGUGAUGGGGGGGAAGGAUUCUGACCAUAUUAUCCUGAAGUACUAAAAUAUGCAACUCUUGCUCUAUGUGCAAUUCUUAUAAAAUAAAGUCAGAUGGCAACCCAAAUCAAUUAUACAAAUCUGUAUCUUUCACAGUGUAAUUAGGCAGUGCUAGUGUCUGAUUAGCAAUACUGAAAUAGGUAAGGUACAAUUUGAAAACCUUUUUCAGUAGUUUCUCACCCAGAAUUAAUUGUUGUCCCCUACUAAAUGAUGAGUACAAACAGCCAGCAUGUGAUGAUUUGUUGAUUUGAUGUUCUGUACCUUUUUCUCCUUUUUAUCCUCUGGAGAGAAUGGGAAGCGUAGUCAUUGGCUUUGGUUCAGUGCCUUCCCGUGAUGAUAACGGAUAUAAUAUACUAGUACUUCAGCUAUAGGUACUGCAAUUAGUGCAUGGCUAUCAAAAGUUGCUUAAUGAAUACAAAUUGUAUGUCUUUAAAAUUUCAAGCAUAGCCAUUGUUUACUGGAAGUAUACUAUUUGUUAAUUUAACACUGAUUAGAUUUCAAAGUUCUUGGUAAUUUUUGAAUAAAAACUCAUUGAUGACAAA